AUGCAGCACCUACCGGGCCUCGUCUUCCGUGCGGCGGACAUCGCAGUGGCGAAAGCGACGCUGCAGCGGGCGCAGCGGCUGUUUGAAGAGGUGCCAAGGCAGCUGGAACUGCAGCAGGACUGGGAACGGACGCCCAUUGCCAAAGAUUUGGUUUUGGUGGGUGGCGGCCAUUCUCACGUGAAUGUCUUGCGAAUGCUCGGCAUGGAACCACUUCCUGGGGUCCGUGUGACCUUAAUCACCAGGGACGUCGAGACACCCUACAGUGGGAUGCUUCCAGGGCACAUUGCUGGCCUUUACACUCGCCGUGAGUGCCAUUUGGAUUUGAACAUCCUGGCGCGCUUCGCCCGUGUUCGCUUGAUCCACGGAACCUGCGUGGGCGUCGAUCUGGAACAGCGGCAAGUGCUGCUGGCCGAGCAGCGUCCACCCAUCCGUUACGACAUUUUGUCCAUCAAUAUCGGCUCGGCACCGCGUGUGCAAGAGGAGGUGCCUCGCUCGGUCACGCCGGUGAAGCCGAUCGAUGGCUUUGGGCGACGCUGGGCACGGCUUUUGGAGCGGCUGCCCAGCUGGACCGGUCCGAAGAGCCUUGGGCACCGGAGGACGGUGCUGGUGGUGGGCGGCGGCGCUGGCGGCUUCGAGCUUGCCACGCUACUACACAGUUUCCCGUGGGAGGAACUCGCGCAGCUUGGCCCCUCAGCUGCCACUGUGACCGUGGGCCUCGUCACGCGGAGUGGACUGCUGCCGCAGCACACAGCCGGCGCUCGGGCACUGGCGAUGAUGGUGUUGAAAGAGAAAGGCAUCGAGCUCUACAGCGGCUACGAGGUGUCCCAUGCGGAGACAGGCGUCUUGCGUUGCCGAGAUGGUCGCAGCUUGAAGUACGAUGAGUGCAUUUGGUGCACCCAGGGCUCGCCACAGAGCUGGGUCAAGUCCUGCGGCUUGCGCACCGACCAGGAUGGUUUCCUUCUUGUGGACCAACAAAUGCGCUGCCACCGCACUGAUGGGCAACCCUUGUGUGGUGACAUCUUCGCCGGCGGCGACAUUGCCAGCGUGCUCCGGCCCAAGGCGGGCGUCUUCGCGGUGAUGGCCGGGCUGGUGCUUUGGAUCAAUCUCCGUGCCACUCUCCGUGGAGAAAAGCUGGUCACGUAUUGGCCUCAAAGCUCCUUCUUGGGCCUCUUGAACCUCGGGGAUGGCACCUGCACCUGGGCCCCGGCCGACCGCACGGAACAGCGGAGUAUCGCCUCUCGUGGGGUCUUGGCGGCCAAGGGCGCUUGGCUGUGGCACUUGAAGGAGUCCUGGUGCACGUCGUGGAACGACGGAGAGCGGCGAAGGGGUCCAGGCCUUCCCGAGAUGCCUUCCGCCCGCGUGGACGUGCGCGCUGCCAAAGCGCUGGGCGACCAGGCCGAGGUGCUGCUGCGAAAGGCCACCAUGCGCUGUGGUGGGUGCGGGGCCAAGGUGGGCGCCAGCACGUUGACGCAGGCCCAGGUGGUCUUGGGCGCCGGGGACGACGCCGCCGUGGUGGACUUCGCGGCCUCGGCGUCGCGGGUGGUCUCCACGGUGCAGACCAUCGACGUGAGCGCUUACCAUGCCUUGAGUGACGUGGAGGCCAUGGGUGCCAUCCCCAUCAGCGCCCUCGCCUUAGUCCAGAUCCCCUACGCCUUGGAGGAGCGCUUUUUGACCAACGGUCUGAGAAUCACGCCACCCUUGCUGGUGCGACGUCGCGAUGGAUCUCCCACGAAGAGGUCCAUUGCAGAACGAUUGCUCCUAAAGGGGGGCGUUUUCUCUGGGAAUCGGCUUUGGGUUGCGUGGGUGGUUCUCGGCGGCUCUGAGAACUCUCCGGCCGGUUCCUACGUCCUGGGUCGUGGCGCGCAGCUGGGUGCGCGGGCACACCGCGUGCCGCUCGUGAUCCGAGUUGCUGUCAAGUACACGCUCAUUUAUUUGACCGAAGAGGCGCGGAGAUUCCUGCGACGGAAAAAGCUCCGCAACAGGCUCACAACAAAGGAAAAGGACAAGCUCAAGGUCCGACAGCAACUGCUCGAGAAGCACCAUACAAGGCCACGAUACGUGAUCCCAUUGCUGAGUGCGAUGACAUGGAAGAACAAGGGACAGAACAGUGGCCGAUGGAGCAAUUGGAGCGGAGACUGGAAGACGACAGACAAGUCCGACAAGAAGAAGAAGGAAGAGCCACAAGGAAAGGGCAAAGCAAAUGCAGGACAAGUGACGAUCCUAGCAUACGAUGGCCGCAGAGUUGUGGUGCCAGAAGAAGGUGGAGGCAAUGGUGGCUCAUCAUCGGCCUCAUCAUCUGGGCUACAAGAAGAGAAUCGACGCUUGAAAGAAGCGUUCCGAUCCAUCCUAGGUGGCACGGCAGACGAUACGACGGAGGAAGAAGUGAGGGGACUCCUUGCGGACGAUCCUCGAGAAGUCCUACGUCAACAACAAAAGGAGCUCAACAAGCAGAAGAAAGCCCUUACCAAGACGGAGAAAGUACGGGCGGCCAUGGAAGAGAAAUCGGCCAAAUGGACCCGAUGGAAGGCAGGCUAUUUGAAAGGCCUGGAAUUGGAAGAGCAGCGAUACAAGGAAGAGAUGAAGGAGCUCGAAGCCGAACUCAAGGAAGUGGAGAAAGAGAAAGAAAAGGAGAAGGGUGGGAUCAUGGAUCUCGAUGCCCCAGAAAGCCACGAAGAUGGCUACAAGAAGAGUGUCGACAACGAGCUGAACACCUUCCGCCAGCAAAUGAAGCAAAUGUCAUCCUAUGUCCAGAUGAUGGAACAGAGGAACCAAGAUUUGACGAACCAGAUGCAGCAAUUGAUCACAGCUGUACGAGAUGUCAAGCAAGGAGACCUGGUCAGAGAGUCGCCACAGGCAAUCAAAGCACCUGUCCAUGUCAGAUUGGAUGGAGAGGAUGCCGAAGUGGAAGAACCAGAAGCCAGGGAAGCCAGGUCGAGGUCGAGAUCUCGAACGCCGGGACGAGCUCUCGAAUCCGAACUACCGAGCCAUCUGGCUCCAGAGGCAGCAGGUUUUCUCCCGCUCCUCCAAGGCAUGACAGAAGAGACUCAGGAUCAGAUGCUGGCGAUCCUCAAAGCGGAACCCGAGAAUUUCCAAAACUCGGAACAGGUCAAGAAAUUGAUUCAUGUGAUGACUGUGCAGCAAUGUGCAGCUCAAGUAGAAGUACAAGAGGGAUCGGCCGACUCGAGCGAUCCUAUUUUCCAGAUGGGAACAGGAUAUGAGCAGCCGAUGAUCUAUGACCAUGGGGACUACCUACCGUUGAAUCCUUCAGAUCUGACCUCGCUGUUUCGAUAUGUGUUACGAGACUACUAUGCUGCAGAUCAGCGAAUUGAUCUUGGUUAUAUCGACAUGCAGCCUACGCCGUCACAGAGUGGUGACGAUCGGGCAAUUCAUAUCCUGGUCACUUUGAGUGGAUGGGUUGUCAAGGCCUUGCUCAGAGAUUGGGAUGAUUUCGCUGACAUGCAGCCGUGGUGGGUUUAUGCAGCUGACCCGCCAGUUAGCCCAACGUCACUGCGAUUGGUACCUGCUGAUUUGAUUAUGAUUACCCAGCAACAAAAAGACCAAUAUGACAAGGUAUACCUGGUUGAUAUCCUCUACACGGGUCUGCCAAAGAGGGUUGCGAUCCUGUCUCAAGCAGAGGACCAAGUGAUUGAUCUUCUACGGAAAAUGGGGCUCCGAGAAGUUUGCACUACGGGCAGACAUACCUGUUUGUUGCAGAGCUCACUUGCGCCGAUGCGACAAUGGGACCUUCUCGAUCAUAUUGAUGAGCCACACGGGACAAGUCUUUUCCUGCAUUUCCGAGCCAAAAGGACUGAUGAAUGUCAGCCUGAGAGGACUAUGUUGCUGCGGACGGAUGGUGUUUUACAACCUAGCCAUACAGGUCCUCGUGAUGAUGGGGACCAUGAAGACCCUUCCUCGGGUACGGGUUUCUACUCUAUGAUGCAAACUGAAAUUUCUGUUGCCUAUGUCUGGUACCAUGAGCAGGCUGAGGUCGACUCCUUUGCGACACAAGUUCGACGCUAUGCCAAGGGGCACUCCAGCCGGUCUCACUACUGGACUGACCAACUCGAUCCGGCAGAAGCCUCUUUGACCGAAGUCACACCGGCACCGGUGCAUUUGGGCAUGAGGAGACCUACAUUUAUAUUGUACUCGACUGCAGUACAACAACGGAUUCCCCUGUUGAUCGAGCUGAAUUCAGAUGAACGCAGAUGGUUAGGUAAUGCUCGUUGCUGGGGUACCACUAAUGGACAAGAGUUCAGGUAUCAUCAUGACAUUGAGCUCAUGCCAGGCCAAUACAUACAGUUCUGGGAACUCACCCAUACUGAAGAUAGCAGGACUACAUCGGCUUGCUCAGAUAGUCUCGUUGAAUCUGGCAAUUCUCCGAUUAGUGAUGAUGAAGAGCUGCAACGUGGCGACAGUGAGCUAGGAGAAGACGGGUCUGAGGGCACCAUCGAAGACCCAGAUACCACAAACCUGAUGCAAUCUUGGCACAGGCUACACCCUGACGAUGGGCGUACUCCGGGCUCCUUGACUAGAUUGAGUUAUUGCACACAACAUCGGGUCUCCUGGCUUGUGCCCAUGCGGCUUGAUCAAGCACGUAUGUAUCUUGUUUGGAAAAGCUCAGGGCGUGAUCCUGUAGCUGAGCACUUCAUCAGACAAGGACUCCGACUCCCUUUGUUGAGCAUUACGGGAUGGAUGUUCCAAACACAUGAACAGGACUUUGGAAGCCCUUUCACCUGGAACUUUGCACCUGAUACUCCAUGGGCUCAACAGACAGCACAGUUACUGAGAGGCACAAGGUUGAUCGAUGCGCUGCUAUACACUGUCAUUCCUCAACCGACGGAGUACAGUCUACAGUCCUCACACCCACGCAGCCUUCAAAUCCUGAUCCCAGCCGAGAUCAGUGAUCAAGAUUAUACUAUCUUUGUAGUAGAGCAUUGCCUGAAACCGCCGACUGUCCAGAUGGGCAUCAGAUGCAUCAUGCCCUGUUCCGUAAGAAAGCUAUUCCAGAUGAUCCAGCUCGGAGAAUGGUGUGAUCAGCGACAUCGAUGUGUCGUGACCUUUCAGCAUGGUGUCUGCAGAAAAGAUUUCUUUGAUGAUGACUUGAUCGAUGCGCCUUUUGCAUCCAAGCUCUCAUUGAAUGUGCUGCACAUUCCUGAAUUGCCGUGUCAAAGUUUCGCUGCUGUCACACAUGCAGAGCUAAUGGCUCGACAAGUUGCCAACCUACUGCAUGAAGCCGGCUCGACCAAUCAUCGUCGUGCCCAAAGACAGGCUAUGGAGGUACUGCAGCAUACAGUGGAAGAUGAUGCCUCAAAUGACUUCACAUCCCUGAUGCAAAGGUUUGACCCUGACGGAGGCAGUCAAGAAGAGCUCAACCAAGCUUCGGUGACUACCCCAACGGAGGGCACACCUGUGAUCUCAUCAUCUGAUAGUGUUCGGUUUCUACCACCUGGCACUCCUAAUUUUGACUUUGACUGGAUGCACACCAUCGUGCAAGCAAGACGAUAUGUCACUGAGUAUGGAUUGGGGCCACGAAGACCUGGGAUAGCCGACCAACUGGUCAUGCUGCUUGCCCACUCUGAAGGUGUUACAAGAGUGGUUGUAGCGUAUUGCCCACUUACAAUCCUCCGAUCUGACGUGGCAAUAUCGCACUUUGAACGAUGGUUGCAAGAGUAUACCUUCUGUUUGGACCCAUCGAUUUCAAGGAUUUUUCCAGUCAUUACAGAGCUUUACCAGAACCUUCCGACCUUGAUUGUUGCACGUAGUCUGCCUAAUGCUAUGGUUCCCAUAGUUGUGCAUAUUCGACUACGACCACCGACCUUCUGGGUUUAUCUAGCAAGAUCAAGAGAGCCAAUUGUGACGAUCCAGAGAUGGAUUCAAGCACAGAUGGAGAUUCCGGCCCAUGCGAUGACCUAUAAUGGAGCGAGAGUUGACUACCGCCACAGAAUUGACCCCGUGGCAGGAGAUGUGCUAGAAGUACGUCCAAUUAGUUUGGAAGAAUACAUGAAUCCAGAACCAUCGACUACUGAUUCUGGACCAAGUCUUACCCUCAACUCCCACAACACUUGGACUUCUGAGCCGGGUCCUGGGGGAGUAGCUGUACAGGGAUAUGUCACUGGUGCCCAGACUUUGGAUCUCGACCACGAACUUCGGCCGAUCCCACGACAGAGGGCAAAUGAGCCGGAUGAUUAUGAUCUGACAGGAUUGCUGCAGUUGACAACAAUAGGAGCGGGCAAGGUCACCUGCUGUCCUGCUGCACUCGGCAGCGACUCCAUGGAAGAUGGGUACAAACUCUGGAAGCCAGAGCCCACCCGUUCGCUACGCCCCCCGGGAAAUGUUGUCUAUUGGCUGGGCAAGAACGUGGAGGCAAUGGACAAUUACCUUCACCUCGCUGGUCAUGACUACGUGGUAGACGCCACGUAUUGCCCUCUUAGCCAUGAGAACUCUACACUGCCUGCGAUGGAAAGAUCCCAACCGGUAAAGAUUGAAUUGGCACAGAUUUUACCGGCUCCUGAAUUUGACAACUAUGGGAAGAAUGCGACAGAACAACAAAGAGAUAUUCAAUUUCAGAUCCAGUUACCUGAUUUUGGACGAUUGAUUGACCAGCUCUUCCAACCUCGCAUUCAGCCGGAAAUCGAGUGGGAACAUGCGAUGAGAUUCUUUCAGAAGCAUGCAGAAUCGUGUGAAGCUUUUGCCUACCAGAUCCACCGACAGUUGAUGAACGACGUCACUUGUGACCCGCUGAGGCUGGCAGACUUGCGCGUGAUCGCCAUGGCUCUGGGCUGGGCUACUGGGCUACGAGACGGGAAUACGACGGCGGAUGGAUGCUCGGGGGAACCCGUGAACCUUAGCACCGGCACGCUCUUUGCGGCGGACAUGCGCGCCAAGGCUCGCGGCGUGUGGGUCGCAGAGGCGCUGCGGCGCAUGGCGAGCUCCAAUGGUCAUGGGGCCAACGCGUGCACCGAUGUCACGGGCUUUGGCUUGAUCGGACACUUGCUGGAGAUGUGCUCCCAGUCCCAGCUCGAGGCGACUCCGAGCAAGGAACGGCCUUUUUUCGUUUCGGACGUGGUCGGAGGCAGAAGGUGUUAUUUUUGCUCACUGAAAAAGAACUUCGAAAGAAGAGCUUUGAACCCGAAAACCUUUUCCAAGGAGUGUUUGUCCGAAGGAGUUUGA